GGUCUCUCAUCUCUGUGGACUGAGGAGACUUCACUAUCACAACCAACCAAAAAAACAAUUGAGAGGAUUAAAAACCCACAAAAUUCUGCCUUCUCUCUCCCCCUCACUGUAUAAUACUUGUCUCUUUCUCAUCAAAAGAUCCGCCAUUGUCUCUGGGCGCGUGCAGUGCCAUAAAGGCAGCUGCUUGCAACGUGUCAGCGUUCUCAGUGUGCGUUCUCUCUCCUGCUGCCACCAUUAUUUGGCAAGUUGAAAGGGGCUAGAGAGAGAGAGAGAGAGAUUGUAGAGAGAGAAAGAAGGGAAUGCUUCAGUGAAGAAGAUGAGAUGAGAUGAGAUAUCAAGACCCAGGUUUUAUCCAGCUGAGUUUCUCUAAUCUUCAAGCUUACUGUUGCACUGUUAUGGCUUUCAUGAAUUUCUUGUUUUUGCCUGGCAUUUUUGGCUUUUUCUAGGGUUUAAGGCACUGGGUAUUUUCCAAGAGUUGUUCUGAUGGCAGUCAUGCUUUGAUCCAAAUUUCUCUAGGUGGGGUGGAUGUCUUAGGAAUUUGAAGAAUUGGGUCUUUUUCAUUUAUCAUUAGAUGUUGUAGCUAUUUUGAGUUUGUUUGAUUUCUAAGAGAAAAUGAUGCUACAUUUGCUUCUGAUUUAGAUGCCAUGUUGCUAGCCCUUCCUGAGUUUUUGAUGUUUCAGGAGUUUAAAGAACUGGUCUUUUUUUCUUAAUUUCAUUAAAAGAUACGGCUUUUUUCUUCUUUUUUCUUUCGUGGUCGCAUGCAAGCGUGAGAGCAAAAAAUGUUUCAGAAUCAAGGGCCCGUCGAGUCCAAAUUCGGGUCACCUAGUGAUAGAUUUAACAAAAUGUUUCUGGGGAAAACAGCUGGAGAAAAUCUGGAAGAUGGAAAAGUAGUCAGUGAGGAGGAGAGAAUGAGAAUGUUGUUUGGAAAAGAGGUGGCUCUUUUGGAGAAGGAUGAAGUGGAGGGCUCGAAAGUUGAACACCAAAUUUCCAUGGAGAUUCUCUACCAAACCAAUUGUGAUGAUAAACACAGCAACUCUGUGUUAUCUGAGGCUUUGAAAGAUACAGAUGAAUUGGAGGGUAAUGCUGUAAGUGCGGAGGAUAUGACGGGCAAUUCUUCAGGUGUUUGCCGACAAGUGCCCUGUCGUAUAGUUGAAACUCUCGGUCAUAGCAUAGUAUCUAGUCUCCACUUGGCUAGUGUACCAAUUAAAAUUGAUACUCAAACUGACCCCUUGCCAAAUCUUGAAGAAAUACGAAGAUCACUAGUCAAUCAAAGAGCCAAAGAUUUGAAAUAUCACGGAAAGAUGGAUUCUGGUCGCUUACGAUCAAAUGCAUACAAUCUUCUUACUGAUGUUGGAUGGAAAAUCAAGACGCACAAAAGGAAAAUCUCUGAUAAUGUUGAUUUCAUAUACACAUCACCUGGUGGUGAUCGUGUGUACUCUAUCUCGAAAGCCUGGGUGAUGUGUGGCAAGGGUCUUUAUGCAAAGGCACCGGACUCCAGAUAUGAUGAAAUCGGAAGAAAAUGGUUUAAUAUCGACGAGUUGUAUGUUGACAUGAUGAAUACUCUCGACUUCUUAGAAAAAGAAACUCUCAAGUUGUCUCAUCUCCUUCGAUGGCAGCUUCUUGAUCCCUUCGUAGCUGUUGUAUGCAUGGACAGGAAAAUAACAUUUCUUAGAAGAGGAAAGGCUUUGAGGGCAGUAAACAGUUCGGUAUCAAUUAUUAAUGGAAGUGAGAACAUCAUCAUGAAUACAAAGGGUGCACCAUUUUUGGUAACUGACGGCAAAUAUGAGGUUUCUGAAUAUUGCAAUAAACAAGCUCCCGGUGAUGCAUAUGUACACUGCAGAAGCCUGAAGAGCUUAGCGAGGCAUAUUGGACAAGGAUUUUCUUGUACUAGAAACUCAGAGCAUAUUAAAGGCAAGGCUUCAGCUACUAAAAAAAGAAAUCAAGCAUCUAAGAGCGGAUUUUCAAAUAAAUCACAAUCUUAUGCUCUUAGAGAUACAGAAGUGUCUUGUUCAAACAAAUUCAUAGAUUGCACAAUUCAGGAUAAUAUGGCUGCUUCUAAUCCCAAUGAAAUUCCUUCAGGAAUUCAACCAUGUAAAUAUAUGAAAAUUGAUGAAGGAGGGCUUUCUCAGGAUUCUACUAUUAUAAGGGGCAACAAUGUCAGAAAAGUUCUUAAUUUUGAAGAAAUUGACAAGACUGGGUGCUGUUUAACUCCUGAAGCCAAACCAAAAUACUCUAACAACGAACUUCGGCAAGAGGAGUCAAAACAAGAGAUUCAGCUGAACACAAUUUUAUCGGGAGAUACUUCUACGUCAUUUGUACUGAACCAGACACCUGUGCAUUCUCAGCAAGAAGAACAAGUACUGUAUCUUUAUCCCCUGCAGGAAACCCUGUGCUUUAAUACUGCAGAUGGCACAGAAGAAGUUAAUAUGCCACAAGUGACGCAACCUUUUCUCUAUCAACCGAGCCUUGCAGGAACCUUUUUUAUUUACAGUAUAGAUAGCAGGAACCUCACAAACAACAUGAAUUUUUCUCUGCAACAUGAAGAGUAUCAUUCAGGUUCUCAUGAAUAUCGCAGUUUAGAUGAUAAUGUGGCAAGUAGCUCAAAAAAACCUAAAAGUCGCAGACAGAAGAAGUCUAAGAAAAUAUCAGAAAUUGAAGCAAUGGAAGCAAAACUAUCAGGCAAAAACUACGUAGAGGCCUUUGUUCACGAUAGGGUCGCCUAUAUAGAAUUUUCAGCUCCUCACAAAGAGAAUAUCAAAUUGAGGUCAUCAAAUCUCGAAGAUUCUCUCAAAGUACAAAGUGGCAAAUAUGAUGUAACAGAAGCUGUUUCAUUGAAGAAGAAACGCAAGAGGCCAGCAAAGUCAGAAACCACAGCAGCCAGAAGAAAUAGAAAGGUGAAGGACACUCCGCCUACACCACUAAAGGAUGAAUCCGGAGUUACCAUGUUGAAAUUUGAUACAGAACAAGAAAAUGUAGCAGCACGUGUAUUAAAUGAUAGAGUGAUUCAAUCUAUAUCUAAUUGUGAGAAUAACCCCAUUGUAGAUGUGGGUCUCGUCAAUGGCGAGCCUCUAGCAAAUAAAUAUGAUGGUGAUGAAAUUAAUUCCGCUGCCAAAUCAGGCUGGUCUAGAUGUUAUCGAAAGCGUAAAAGCCGUACAAGAGGCUCUAAUUAUUCUUUACAAACUACUGAAGACGGUGGAAAUCAAGUAGCCCUGGAAUCAAGAACUAUAUUAUGCUGGUUGAUUGAGAGAAAAGUUAUUUCUUUAAAUGAUACCAUUGAAUACCGUAAUUCACUGGAUAAUGCUGCAGUGAAAAAGGGCCUGAUCAGGAGAAAUGGAAUUCUAUGCCUGUGCUGCGACAAGAUUUUUUGUGUCUCUGAUUUUAAGUUUCAUGCUGGCUUUGAGAUGCACAAACCAUCUUUUAAUCUUUUCUUGGAUUCAAUGAAGACAUACACUCUAUGUGAGAUUGAGGCUUGGUCUGCUGAGUACAAGGCAAGAAAAGGUUCUAUGCCGCUGUUGGGAGUUGAGGAGAGGGAUCAAAAUGAUGAUGUCUGCACACGGUGUGGAGAUGGUGGUGAAUUAGUAUGCUGUGAUGGGUGUCCGUCUUCUUAUCAUCGAGAUUGCUUGCCCUCAGAGGUCUGUAAUAAAUCAUUAUUCACUAUAACAAGUAUGUCUUGGAAGUACCUAGCAUUUUUUUCACUGAAGGACCUUCCAGAAGGAAGCUGGUAUUGCCCUCAUUGUGUUUGCCCUAUUUGUCGUGACGUUAUCACCGUUAUGGAGCCUUCAACUUCUUCGGUUGCCUUCUCAUGCUUACAGUGUGAACAUAAGUAUCACCAGACAUGCCGAAAGGGGAAGGAUUUAUCUGAAGAGGAAGUAGGAUCAGAUUCAUGGUUCUGUGGAGAAAUUUGUCAGGAGGUUUAUAUGGGUUUGCAAUCUCGCAUUGGAGAGAUGAUUUGUAUUGGAGAUGGAUUCUAUCGCACAAUCUUGAAAUGCAACCAUGACGAUCAAAAGAUUCACUCUGCACAAAAGAUUGCACUUAUGGCAGAGUGUCAUGCAAAAUUAGCAGUUGCUCUGACUAUUAUGGAGGAAUGUUUUAUGCCAAUGAUCGACCCAAGGACAGGCAUAAACAUGAUUCCACAUAUCUUGUACAAUUGGGGAUUGAACUUUACACGCUUGAACUAUCAAGGAUUUUACACAGUUGUCUUGGAGAAGGGAGAUGAGCUUAUCUCUGUAGCAUCCAUCAGGGUACAUGGUGUCACAGUGGCAGAAAUGCCUCUCAUUGCAACUGGUACUGAACAUCGACACCAAGGAAUGUGCAGGCGCCUUAUGAGUGCAAUUGAAGAGAUGCUAAAAUCUCUCAAGGUUGAAAUGCUAGUUUUAUCGGCAAUUCCGGAUUUAGCUGAUACUUGGGUAUCAGGUUUCGGUUUCCAACCUAUUGAAGACAGUGAAAAGAGACGGCUUAAUAAAAUAAGCCUUUUGUCAUUUCCUGGAACAGUACUGCUCCAGAAAACUUUGCGCGAAGGUACUGUAACAAAGGAAAAUGAUUCAUUGGAGAGCGAAGAUAAAGCGCAAGAUUGUGCUGAGUUAGAUGAAAGUACUCGUGUCAACAGUGCAGAGCGUUAUUCUGAAACUGUUAGAGAACAUUUAGAAUGUGAUAGUGAAAUAACUCGUUGCAGCAAUGUAGAAUCUUGCAAUAAAGCAGUAAGAACAGUUGGAACCUCAAACACUUGCGAAAUGAAGGAGGCCGCUCCUAGGGAACAAGGUCCUCCCGAUUCUCUCUUGUAUCAAGCUAUAGCCAAUGGACUCCCUACUGACAAAAGCCUCAAAGAAACCAAUUUACCGAUAAAAGAAGACAAAACGCCAAAUGCCCAUAUCGAUCACAAGGACAAUGCUUCAGAUACCCAAGAAAAAGAAAGAUCACUCUCUCCUUGCGAAGAUAAGGAGGCUGAACGUGUUUGUACUCUUGCUAAGGGAAGACCAUGAUCAAUUGCAACUGGUGUACAGUUUGUAUAUAAGUAGCUGCUAAUAUUUUGUUUCUAUUCGCAAGCCCUUGGUUACAGUUUUUCCUCGUUCCUGAUUGGCUUUUUUAGCCUGCUUCAGGGAGCUUGUUGUACAAAGAACUUAAGCUCUAGGGCAAUUUUGUAAAGAUGUAGCUUACUAGGACUGGCAUGUACUUGAAUUUUCGAUGAUCCAGGCUACUUCAGUAACUGGUAUCACGUGAUCUUCAUGAAUGAAUUAGUAAUGUUAUUAUUAUCAUUUCUUUCUGUGUA